AUGGCGUCGAUGAUGUUCACGGACUGCUCGUCCUCCACCACCGCUCGGCUCCUCCCCUUCAGACACAACCCUCUCCUCUGCAGAAAUAACGGCGUCGUUUCCCUUCGUCGCCUCGUAAACCUUAGCUCUCCCAGAAGCCUCCGCCUUCACUCCUCUUCUUCACUCUCUCCAUCACCCACUGCUUCAUUGGCAACUGAAACACCGGCUAAAGUGAUUGAUGGAAAAUCAGUUGCGAAGCAAAUCAGAGAUGAGAUCAAUGCUGAAGUGGCGAGAAUGAAGGAUGCAAUUGGAAUUGUUCCAGGUUUAGCAGUUAUUCUUGUCGGGGACAGGAAGGACUCUGCCACUUAUGUGCGCAACAAGAAAAAAGCUUGUGAUUCUGUCGGGAUUAAUUCAUUUGAAGUGCGUUUGCCGGAGGAUUCCACAGAACAAGAAGUGCUCAAAUUCAUCUCGAACUUCAAUGAUGACUCCUCAGUUCAUGGCAUCCUUGUUCAGUUACCUCUGCCUCCUCAUAUGAAUGAGCAAAACAUCUUAAAUGCCGUUAGCAUUGAGAAAGAUGUGGAUGGGUUUCACCCGCUAAAUAUUGGUCGUCUUGCCAUGCGUGGAAGGGACCCCUUGUUUGUGCCUUGUACACCAAAAGGGUGCAUAGAGUUGUUGCAUAGGUAUGGUGUACCUAUCAAAGGAAAGAGAGCAGUUGUAAUUGGACGGAGCAAUAUUGUUGGGAUGCCAGCUGCUUUAUUGCUGCAGAGGGAAGAUGCUACAAUCAGUAUAGUCCAUUCCCGAACCAAGAAUCCUGAGGAGAUCACAAGACAAGCAGAUAUCAUAAUCUCAGCUGUAGGGCAACCAAAUAUGGUGAGGGGUAGCUGGAUUAAACCUGGUGCAGUGAUUAUUGAUGUCGGAAUAAAUCCAGUUGAGGAUGAAAAGAGCCCUCGAGGUUAUCGGCUGGUUGGAGAUGUCUGCUAUGAGGAGGCCAGCCAGAUUGCUUCAGCAAUUACUCCAGUACCUGGGGGAGUGGGUCCAAUGACAAUAGCAAUGCUUCUCUCUAAUACUCUCGUAUCAGCAAAAAGGGUACACAACUUCCAGUGA